UACCUAUAAUUGCGUGCAGUCUAUUUUUAGAUUUUAAAACGCAUAUAAUUAUACAUGUAUAGGAAUCCCAAUACGUGGAAAAUCUCCAAUUUGAAGUCAUUCGUAUAUUAUUAAAUUAAAACAUUCUAAAGGAGUGAUAUCUGAAGUGGAAUAUGCUUCGACAAGAUCAACCCAAACUCGAUUUAACGUUAUCGGUUUAUUGAAGAAAAAGUUUAAUGGAUAAUGUUUUCUGGAAAAACACAUUCGCCAGAGCAUCUGACAGCAGCAUCGUCGUCCUAUUCAAGCAGCAGUAGAUCUACGUCACACAAUGGUAGAUUUGACCAUACAGCAAAACCCACCAGUCUCGUGCCACAAGGAGGAUUCGCAUACCAGGCUCAUGAGGCGGGCCAGUACAAAUCAUUGCCCGUAACCUCAGCUCAGAUCAAGAACAUCCAAUAUACAACAUUCUCUGCCCCUCUUUCGGGGCCUAAGCAAACUGGCUUAUCUGUUCAACUUAAACAUAUCAGAAGUAUUGUGACAGGUAUCAACACACUCGCGGUGCAGCCUACGGAAGACCCUCAUAAUCAGUCUUGGGAACAGCUAGCAUCUGUAGUAGCAAACGGCAGGCGUGCAGUUCCAAAAACGCACAGUCGAAUUCAUAAACCUUCAUCAACUGCAACAAACAGUGCUACAGCACAAAGUUCUUCCUCGAACUCCCCCGUGAACUCAAUAAAUGGUCCAAAAUAUCCAAAAUACACGACAAAAUCUUCUCGACUGGACAGUUUUAAGGGAUGUCAAAGCAUCGCUGUUUCUACAAUCGUCUUAUCGGAAGCAGGAUUAUUUUACACGGGGGUAGAGGACUGUACGCGUUGUUUUCAAUGUGGAAUUGGAUUACGACAUUGGUCAAAGAACGACGAUCCUUGGACCGAGCAUGCGCGGUUUUCGCUUGAUUGUGAUCACGUGGUGUCUGUUAAAGGGAGGGAAUUCAUUAACCUGGUCAAACUUGCUCUUGAACUGACUACAGAGAAAAUAACAGGGGCAGGAAAUACGUCCGACACAUUUGCAUCACCUACCAAUAACGCUAGCCAAGAAGAUUCAACAAACGAAAUUGACAAAUUGAUGAAAACAGAAGCAGCUCAAAGUGUGUUGGAAAAUGAUUAUAGUGAAGAUUUGGUUAAAACGGCCAUUGAAAAUGUCCUGAGGUCCAAAGGAGCAAACGCCAUUACGGGGAUGGAUCUGAUGCAGGAAAUAUUGACAAUUGAAGAAGAAAGAGACUGUUUUGACGAAAAAUCCGUGGCAGAUAGACAAAAUAUGGUGGCAGAACUUUCCCGCGAAAACCAACACCUGCGGGCCAAAACUCUAUGUUCCUAUUGUAAGCGGCUUGAAGUCUCCCUCGUGUUUCUGCCAUGUGGCCACCUCGUGUCCUGUAACACAUGUGGGAACAGGCAGAGGUCAUGUGUUACGUGUGGUUCAAAUGUUAAGGGGACAGUUAGGACGUACAAUGCUUGAACUAUUCAGAAUUCACAUUUCAUAUAUGUGCGCUAUGGAAAAUUGACGCUUUAAAGUGUUAAUGUGGUCAGACGCCUUCCGUAUUGUUGAUGUACAAAGCUUAUAUAUAGAGUAAAAGCGUUUCAUUGUCAUUAUUUCAUGAAUUGAAAACAAGGAUUGAUUUAUUUUGCUCCGUGUGUAAAACAUCUAAGUCGAGGUUCCACUGGAUGUUACGUUUUUAUUAUAGACAUAAUAUAGUAUUUGUGUUGCAUUUUGUGUCACUUAUCUGACUUUUUGUGUUGAAUCAUCGCCAAAUAUGCCAUUAUGAAAAUGUAUUAUAUAUUGUAAAUUCUGCCAACAAUUCCGUUUAAUGUUACUUUUGUAAAAAGCUAGUGUUUCUAUUCUACAAACUUGUCAACGCCGCAAUGCUAAACA